AAACGACCAUCAAGGGACUGACGUGCAUUUCUGAAGAUGGCGGUCCGAUCUGCUGCGACGCGCGCCCUCCUGCGAUCAGCCGCCCUUCGAGCGCCGCGCCGGCCCUUUGCGAUCCACCCAAGCUUGUGUCGACACCACGUCCUGGCCAUGGGGCUUCUCCUGAGCUCGGCCUCGCUCCUGCUGACGUCGACCGAGGCCCGCAACGACAUGGCACUUGGCCGCGUCUUCGAAGACGACUAUGACCUCGCAAUGACAAAGACGCUGGGUGCCGGGGCCUUUGGCAUGGUGCUUCAGUGCGUCGAGAAGCAAAACCAGUCCAUCGCGGCCGUCAAGGUGAGCGCCGACUCGCUCGAAGAGGCGGUGCGCGAGAAGACGGCUCUGGGCUGCGUCGCGAUGGCCGGCGGCCACGACCAUAUCGUUCACAUGAAGAACCACUACACGCACGACGGCUUCCACUACCUCGUUAUCGAGUACGUGCCCGGAUCGACGCUCUUCGACUACAUGCUGCACCGGCGGCGCCUCGACGAAGUGGAGGCCAAACGUGUGCUUUCCCAAAUCGCGUCGGCCUUGGCGUUCAUCCAUGCCCACGGCAUGGUCCACUGCGAUCUGAAGCCCGACAACAUCAUGCUCACCGAUGACGACGGCCGCGUCAAGCUCAUUGACUUUGGCUCGGCCACGAUCCCUGACCCGCACACGAGCUCGAUGCCGUUGCAGCGAGCGAUGCGCUUGGCAUCGGCGCCGCUCUCGGGCACCAAGUCGUACUGGUCCCCCGAAAUGCUCGCCGCCGAGCCGGCGCCGGUCGUUGCUGCCAUGGACAUGUGGGCGCUCGGGUGUAUUCUGUACAUCAUGAUUACGGGUGUGCACCCGUUCGACCCUCGGGGCUCGCUCUCGGAGGACGAGAUCCAGGCCGCGAUUCUCUGCAAGGACGUCGACUUUCCAAUCGCGCAGUGGUACCUCGUGUCGAAAGAGACCAAAGCCAUUGUGCGCGGGCUCUUGGAGAAGGAUCCGAGAAAGCGCCUGUCCGCAGCGACGCUGCUCUCGCUGCUGUAAUGGCAAUCUCGUUGCCCUUUUGAACGAGUAGCUCCCAGCUACUCUGUACACUACGCCAUAGACUUGACGACUACAAUUUCGAACCAGUCGUCGUCCUCGUACAAUAUACCCACGUGCUCUUAGUUCUUAG